GCGGCCUACGAGCUCGCCCUGCUGCUCUCGCAGGGCGGCCGCCACGCCGAGGCGGACGCACUGCUGCGGGGGCUGGGCUUCGUCUGCAAGCUGAGCCCGGCGAUCCUGGACGGCACGGCCUCGGGAGCUCGCCGCGAACGACUAUCUGGCGCAG